AUGGCGAUCCACUACAUCUGCAACAGCUGCCACAAGCGCAUCUUCCCCGUCAGCGCGCGCUUCCACUGCCUCGUCUGCACCGACUACGACACCUGCCAGGCCUGCCAUCUCUCCGCGCGCUUCACAGCCCCCCACGAAGGCGCCCACGCCUUCCACGUCAUCUACGUCCCGACGACCUCCCCGCCGCCCACCGCCGCUCUCACAACCCUCACCAUCCCCCCGCCGCCCCCGCCCCCGCCGCCCCCGCCACCCCCCGUCCCCUUCCGCUCCCCGCAGCAGCAGCAGCCACCCCCGCUCCCCCCGCGCCAGCUCUCAUCAACCUCCUCCCCGCACUCCCCCGCCACAUCCCCUCACCCCUGGGGACCCCUCACAACCCCGCAGCUAACCCCAACACCCCACCUCCUCCGCCUCGCCGACGCAGCAUUCACACACUUCUCCACCCCCGCCCCCACACGCACGCUCACCCCCGAGCAGCUCGCAACAUUCUACACCGCCAUGGGGCGCUCGGGGUCAACAAACUUCCCCUCCCUCUUCCACACGCUCAUGGCGCACUACGGCGCCACGCUCGACCCCAGCGACGCGCAGAUUGCGUUCGUCUUCCAGGAGUAUGCGUAUCCGUUUGUUGUCGACACGCGCGCGGGGUCGGCCGUGGUCAACGGGAUGCCGCUGCUGCUGCUGGAGGGCUUCCGCAGGAUGCUGCUGGAUGAGAUAUUGGAGGCGCCCGAGAACGCGUGGAUGGGGUUUAAUACGCUGCUGGCGGGGGCGGGCGGGGCGAUGGGGGUUGGCGCAGGGCCGAUUCCGAGGGCGUGUUUUCCGGAGAGGGAGGAUGCGGGGGCGAGGGCGAGGGGGGAUCGCAUUAGUGGGGUGUUGGUGGAGCGGUCGAGGGUUAUGUUUGAGCGGCUGGAGAGGGAGCGGGAGGAGCGGGAGCGUGCCGAGAGGGAGAGGGAGGCGGGCGAGACGCCGGCCAUGAAGGAGUUGAAGAGGAGGCAGGCGGAGGUGGAGGCGGAGGCGGCGGCGAGGGAGAUGUUGGCGGCGGCACAGGUGAGGGCUGAGAUUGAGCAGAUGGGGCAGGAGGCGUGUGUGGGUGGGUGGAGGACGGAUAGUUGGGGGAAUGAGUAUUACCAUGAGGGGCUCAUUUAG